UUUCAUGCAAUUCCGAAAAGGGUAAAAUCAUUGAACGGAUAAAACGGAAGGUAAUAUAAGUGUUAGGAUAAGUGACGAGAAUAUCAUUGUUCUCUACGUAUUUAUGAAAGUGAGGAGAUAUAUUAAAGUGUGCGGUACCGUGGAUUCAGAACUUCCGGCGGAACAGCAUUGUCGCAGAUGAUCACGUGAUCGAAGAUCGACUUCUUCGUUUGUGGCCACGAGGUUUUGUGGUGAAAAUUAAGUUUACCGGGUGGAAAAGGCCCUAUAUUUUUGUAUUUAUACAAAAAUGCCCUCCAGCAAUCCCUUGCCACCCAAAGAAAAUGCCUUGUUUAAACGAAUCCUGAGAUGUUACGAACACAAACAGUAUAAAAAUGGGAUAAAGUUUGCAAAGCAAAUUUUAUCAAACCCUAAAUUUAGUGAACAUGGAGAGACCUUGGCAAUGAAAGGUCUCACUCUGAAUUGCUUAGGUCGCAAAGAAGAAGCAUAUGAUCAUGUUCGAAGAGGUCUCAGGAAUGAUCUGCAAUCCCAUGUUUGCUGGCAUGUCUAUGGACUUUUACAACGCUCGGAUAAGAAAUAUGAUGAAGCUAUUAAAUGUUAUCGAAAUGCCCUUAAGUGGGACAAAGAUAACAUUCAAAUUCUUAGGGACUUAUCGUUGCUUCAAAUUCAAAUGAGGGAUCUGGAGGGUUAUAAGGAUACGAGAUAUCAGUUAUUUAUGUUACGCCCUACGCAGCGUGCUUCAUGGAUUGGUUUCGCUAUCUCAUACCACUUAUUAAAGGACUACGAAAUGGCACUUAAAAUUCUAGAUACUUUUCGGAAUUCUCCAAUGAUUUGUUAUGAUUAUGAACAUAGUGAGUUAUUGUUGUACCAAAACAUGGUAAUUCAAGAAUCAGGUGAAUCUGAACAAGCAUUGAAACAUCUCGACAAAUAUAGUGAUCAAAUUUGUGAUAAAGUUACUGUAAAAGAAAUAUAUGGUAAAUUAAGAUUACAAUUAAAACAAUAUGCAGAAGCAGUACAGAUUUACAAGGAACUUCUAAAUAUCAAUCCAGAGAAUACAACUUAUUACGCGAGGCUAGCAGAAGCCGAAAGACAUUCAGAACCUGGAGAAACAUUAGCUAUGCUUUUGAGAUAUGAAGAACUGUUCCCUCGAGCACUAGCACCUCGUCGUUUGCAAUUAAAUUGUGCAGCAGGAGAUGAAUUUAGAACAUUAGUAGAUCGGUACUUACGGAGAGGACUUCAUAAAGGUGUACCGCCCCUAUUUGUAAAUCUUCGUUCCUUGUAUACUGAUCAACAGAAGGUUGAUACUAUACAAUCUUUGGUUUUGGAAUAUAAGGAUGCAUUAAAAGCUCACGGGCACUUUACUGAUCAAGAGAAAGAUAAUCCACGGGAGCCAGCUUCGGCAUUGUUAUGGACUUACUAUUAUUUAGCACAACAUUAUGACCAUCUCGGACUUACAGAAAAAGCACUAAGUGAAAUCGAUGCUGCCAUAGAACAUACUCCUACGCUUAUAGAACUUUUUGUUACCAAAGGCCGCAUUUAUAAGCAUGCUGGUAACGUUCAAGAGGCUUAUAAAUGGUUGGACGAAGCACAAGGAUUAGAUACAGCGGACCGAUAUAUUAAUUCGAAAUGUGCCAAGUACAUGUUGCGUGCAAAUCUCAUCAAAGAAGCAGAAGAAACAUGCAGCAAGUUCACAAGAGAAGGGGUUCUAGCUAUGGAAAAUUUAAACGAAAUGCAGUGCAUGUGGAUUCAAACGGAAGCUGCAAUCGCCUACAAACGCCUUGGGAAAUACGGAGAGGCGCUAAAAAAAUGUCACGAAGUUGACAGGCACUUUUCUGAAAUCAUAGAAGAUCAAUUCGACUUUCAUACCUACUGUAUGAGAAAGAUGACCUUGCGAUCUUACGUGGGUCUUCUAAGGUUAGAGGAUGUUCUUCGAGCUCAUCCAUUUUAUUUUAAAGCAGCGAAAUGUGCAGUGGAGGUUUAUUUACGAUUGCACGAUGAACCAUUACCUGAUCCAACGCAGACACAAGAAAUCGACACUGAAAACUUAGCACCAUCGGAGUUAAAGAAAUUAAGAAAUAAACAAAGGAAACAACGUCGAAAGGCUGAGCUUGAACGACAGCAGGCUGCUCAAGCUCAAGAAAAAAGGGAACAGCACAAUAAAUCUCGGCAGCAAACCGAUCCUGAUUUGGAACAGCCGACGCUGGACGAACUUAUACCUGAGAAACUCGAAAGGGUGGAAGAUCCUUUGGAACAGGCAAUCAAAUUUCUACAACCGCUGCAGGAUCUGGCAUCAAACAGAAUAGAAACGCAUCUAAUGGCAUUUGAGAUUUACAUACGCAAAGGUCGUACGUUACUGAUGUUAAGAUCGAUAAAACGUGCACACGGCCUGGACCCGAACAAUCCGGAACUUCACACGUGUCUCGUACGUUUCAUGUUGCAUAUCAAUCGCUCGCCAUCGGAAGGACCGGUAGGUGAGGUCGUGAAACAGCAGACCGCGUUAAUCUACUCGGCGUCUACGGCCACACAAUUAAAUGCUGAAUUUCUCAAAGCGAAUCGAAACUCACUGCCGCACUUGCUACAGGGUGCAAGAAUGUUGUACCUCCUAGACCCAUCUGCUCAAGCAAAAGUUCUCUCUAUGCUCACAAACAUCGAGGGUCUUGAAGGCGUGACGCUACGCUACUGUACGAUGGUGUUGGAAGCGUUGCGCUGCGGCGACUUUGGCCAUUGCGAAACGGCGAUAACCGAAUACAUGACGAAAUGUCAUAAACUGUAUCCUUACGCGACCGCUUUCCGACCGCCGGAAACGAAGGUGACUAUCAAGAAUCAAGAAAAAGAGAAUUCCAUCAAGAACUGAUCCAGGCACGCGCUGUUCAGCGUACAUUGAAUUACUACGUAGUUAGACGUGACGAAAGCAAUGGGAGGGGAGGAGGAAAACUGUGCUGAGCUACGUUUUGAUCUAUGUUAAUAAGAAAUAUUAAAAAACUGAAAACAAAGAGAACGAUACGAUGAACAUAUUACAGUGAAAGAGAAAGGGAAAUUGGCGGAUUUAAUAUUGAUAAUUAUUAAAUACAUGUAUUAUACACGAACUGUUCCUGGAAGGUUUCAUGUAGUGUGGACAGUGCUGGGGACAGUGCUGGAUAAACAAUCUUUAAUAAUAAAUUAUAACACGGCGGGGCGUAAGAUCGAGCGUCGCCAAAAUGAAUUUUAGGUGAACGAAGAAAAUGGAUGGCUUUAGCUAAAUAUUAAUUAACAAUUGGAACAGAACGAAUUAGAAGCAAGCGCUCUUACCGAUAGAGUGGAGCAACGAAAAAAAAAGAAGAGACGGAUCGUCAAAAGAGUGAAAAUGUUUAGUGCGGAGGUGAGAUUUAGGGGAUGGGGACACGAGGAGGGAUAUACUGAAUGGAGUACAGUGUGUAAAAUAUAAUGACGUGCGUAAACUAACACAUUGGUACAAAAUACAAGACUUGUAUACAUUCAUAAUGCGCGCUCUAUGAAUAUUUCUACUUGAUGUUAAGGUGUACUAUUUUCAGCGAUGUCUACAUUAAAACACUCUACUGUGUAGAGUUUUGAAACUAGACGAUCAUCGAGCAUCGGAUAAUUGUGUCACGCAUGUUCGUCGUUACAUUUCUCGAAGAUAGAUUUCGUUCCACGUCGUAUAAUAUUUUCUCUAGUUCACUUCAUUCGCAAACGAAGUUUGUUCGCACUCGCCGAACGAACGAUCAAACAUUUUCCUUCUAGAAACACAAUUCUAUUCCUACGUUUAAACCCAGGGUAAUGAUCUGCGUUUGGAUUGGAGCCCUGAUAUUCCAUCGAGAAAGCGAGAGCGAGAGAGCGAAAGAGAGCAGUCAAUACGGAAGUAGUGUCCAUUUUACGAAAGUCUCUGUGAAAGUUACUAUAAGAACAAUAAAAAAUGCGUAUUGUGUACGCAGAUUACCAAAGUAUAUGAUAAAUCGAAAAUAAUAAGUAUCGAUAGCAAAAGAAAACAAGCAGAACGAUAAAAUAUCAUGCAUCUCUGUACUCUGUACGUUAGCGGAUUACAGAAAUUUUAAUAAAAAGGUAACGUUCGAGUUUACCAGUUUAAAUUGAA